UAUCACAUAAUUUUGUAAACUGUACAGCCAUCACUAUUGUUUGACACUUCCUAAAUAUUAUUGUUUCAAUAUUUUUUAUUUUGUAUAUUAAAUUAUAGCAGCUACGAAGUUUAUGUUUAAUAAUCGUGCAUUAUAUAAAUUAAACUAUGUAAAUUCAUAAAAGCUACAAUAUUAUUUGAAAAAAAAAUAUAAUAACCUUAAUGCCACAAUCUGUGAUAAAUUUUAAAAUAUUAAGUUAACAAUAUUAAUAAUACAUUAUGAGUUUAUUAGAAAAUGAAUGGUAUAUAGAAGUACCCUGGGGCAGGAUGUGCGUGAUAGCAUGGGGCAGCAGCCAGGACCCGCCAGUGCUGCUGUGCCACGGCGCCGUGGAUUCCGGCGUCAGCUUCCGUCCUCUAGUCCAAUGUCUGCCCAGGAACUUUUAUUACAUAGGUAUAGACUUGCCAGGGAGCGGCAAGUCGGACCGCUACCCGCCUGGGCUGAUGUUCAGUGCUUGUGACCUGGUGUACUCGGUGGAAGCGGUCACCAAGCACUUCAGGUGGGAGACGUUCGUCUUCAUUGGGCACUCGUUGGGCGCCGCACUCGGUAAAAUGUACAAUGUCUCGUAUCCGGGCAAACUGUCUAAAUUAAUAGACUUGGAUCCAAUCAACUUCUAUGCAAUAGAGCCUGAAGACUUUCCCAAAUGGUACAAUUACUAUUUCAAAAACUUUUUCGAUAACUACGAGAAAUACAACAUGCUUAAAGGCUCUGCGCCCAUAAUAUCUAAAGAUGAGGCCUUAAGUUCGUUAAAGAAGAAACGCGGUUUGCCGGAUGAUUUGGCGCUAGCCACGUUAGAGAGGUGGUCCGAGCCCGCCGGGGAAGGGCUGAUACGAUACACGUACGAUCAACGCAUCCGACUCGUGCAAAUAACUCCGCUGUCGAUAAACCACAUCCGAAAAAUAUACACGGCGGUGUCGACCCCGAUGCUGGUCAUACUCGCCGACGAGUCUGUAUCUAAGGGUCUGUUCCGCAACACAUCGUUCCUUCAGGAGGAGGCGUCGUAUCCGGCGCGCAACUGCCGCGUGCGCACCGUCGCCGGCAACCAUGACGUGCACGUGAUCGCGCCGCACCGUCUCGCCCCACACGUCGCCGCUUUCCUCACCGGGGGGAUCGAGGCUCUCGACUCCAAGGCUAAGUUGUGAUGAUUAAGUGGAAAUAUAGUGAUGGAACAAGUCGACAUGGUACAGAAUUGUAUGUUAUUGUAUUCAAAAUAUAAACAGAUACUUAUUAUUUUUUACAAUAUGUUUUAAAAAAAAACGAAUUUUGUUAUGACAUAUAUGAACAAAAGAUAUCAAUAGAGUUGACUUGUCAAUGGUGACUGUAAAAAGUAUUUAUGUAAAGGGUUUGGCUUCCAAACCGAUAAGUGCCUGUACGUAAUAGAAGACCUGUGUCUCGCAGAGAUAACUCCAAACCAAAUAUACAUUCUAAUAGAUGAAAUGAAAAGCAAUAAAUCAAUGAUUUUUGUAAAAUAAAAUACAUUCUAUAUUGCAUUUGUACUUAUAUAUGUGAUGUUGAGAACAAGUAUAUUUGGGAAGUUACAAUAUUCACACAAAAUGAUGACUUAUGAAGUUUCUUUUUGUCAAGAGUAUAAAACACUUCCCCUAUUUUCUACAAAAGAAUGUAAUAAAACUAAACUUUGUUUUUAUAUUCUACAACAUUUUGAGCAAUGUUUUAGAUUCUAUGAAUUGAUAAUUUGUGAAUUUUCAUGUUGUAGUGAUGUAGUAAUUAAUACAUUUUUUUGAUAUUUCGUCUCUAAAAUGUGCUAUUUACCAUAGAAUUACAUAAAUGGUGCGUUAAAUGAAAUAUUUAAACAUUGUUGCAUUGAUUCAUUAAAAUCAGCCACAAUGAACACAAAAAAAAUCGUUUAUAGUUGCAAACUAUCAAUUUGGUGCAGAUGUCUUUUUAUAAAUAGUAUUAUGUUUUCUUUAGACAUACUUCGUUUAAUCUGUGCCUGCCUCAGUGGCGUAAUUGUAAUACUGUACGGCUGCAGUACUGGGGUCUCUGGUUUUUCUACUCAUUAUCAGCUCGGAGUCUGAAAAUUGUACACGAUACGGCGAAAUGCUCCACUUGAGAAUGUGUACUUCAUUUAAAAUUCAUAAGACAAAGCUGUAAUAACCUGUAAGUAUAAUCAAUCCUAAAUUAAUAUAUAUGUCGACGAGAAAAUGUUCCAUAUACCGUGUAAUUCAUACUUUAGUCUGUAUCCGCGUAUACAUUAUUUUAGGGUUGACUGUACAUAAUAAUGUUAUGAUACAGGGGCGAUUAUACCGCAGUGACAUUUAAUUUCCAUUAUUAAUGCAGAUUAUUUAUUUAAUCGGGCGCCUUUAUGCGAACAAUCUACUAUUAAAUUAAAUUUUAUAGAACAAUUUUUUUACUCUAAAAAGUGUGACCUACGUUAUCGUUUAUAAAUAUGAUUACUGCCCGUUUCUCUAGUCUACAAUCCAUAUUUAAUAAAUUAAAAAUAUUCAACAAUAUAAAAGUCACAAAGUUUAAUUAAUUAUGCUAUGUGAUCUAUUUGUGAUCUAAACAGGUAUACAAUUGUUUUUUUAAUAUCAUCAAAAGCAGGUGUGUUUUGUCGUUAAAAAUUAUUGUUUUAAAUUUUUUUUUGUAACCCAUGCCUAAUUUAAUCAUUUGAACUUUAUGAAAUAUGGUGAUGGUGCAAUAAAUAUUUGUUGUUAUUCUGUUCUUUAGCUCGGAAUAUUUAUGAAAUAUGAUGGGUAUUUUUGUUGUGAUGUGUAAAGAUAUUUGGGUGACAGUGAAUAAAGAAUGUUAUGGAUAUUA